GAGCAGGGAGCGUACCGAAGACUGGGUCAGGUCUAUGCUGACUGCAAUCCGCGGAAGCUUUUUCGCGGGUGUCAGGUACAUAGAGAAAGAGUUCCUUGCGGCAGACUCUUCUGUGCGAAAUAAAGCGGCCAACGAGUCUCGACUACAGGGAAGUCGAGGAGCUUCAGGACAGCGACAUCAAGCAUCUAGUCGAGGAGGAAACGCAUCUAGAACUACUCUUCAUCAAGGAGAUGAUCCUUCGAGUUCUGCGAGGUCGCUCACUGGUUUCGUUCGGCGUUUUCCGUGGCUCAAAUGGUGGCAUAAAUGUCAAGACCGUCCGACUGUAGCAACGAUGUUUCUGCCAUUCUCAAAAUGGAUUCAGUACAAUCUUCGCGACACGACACUAGAAGAGGACGACAACUCUGCUGUUAAGGCAUCUGGAAAUUCAUCUUAGCCAGCAUCUUGGGUCCGUUUCUUUUUUCUUAACGGGAAACGGUCACCAAGAUGGUGCACUUCAAGAGGGAAUUCUGGUGGUUCUAAUUCUGAGACACGUGAAGAGGUUGCCGCACAAGUGGAGACUCAGGAACGCGAUUUCUGGCUGAGAACUGACGCGGCAUGGAUCAGCGAUGUUCACUCCCACUUUUGGAGACCGAUUCUAGAUCCGUCCUUGAGAAUUUUGAAUGCCGAUGGCAGCAGUUCCCCGAGAAGGGAGGGUCUUCUUGGUGGUGGAGCGACAGGUGAGAGGGACCACACGGGUAGUGCGCGUCAGAGGCCAGACAGCACGGCCUCUUUGCUUGGUAUGAUGCACGCCGCCGCCGGCGCGGCAUGGGGUUGGCGUAUACUCGAUUACAGAGGAGAAACUUUCGUCAACUUUCAAUUUGCGCCAUUUAUUGGGAUCGAAAACUCAGCCACUUUCAGGGAUGCACGCAAUUCCAUGCGAAGUGCACUUCUGAGCAUCGGAUGGACUCAGACUGCAGCAGUUCUCCAGCUCUUUCUAUUAAGGCACCUCAUCGGACUACAGUUGUAGAGCAAAUAGGCACUUCACAGGCAAGUUCAACUUGUUGUACUUGAUUAUGAUUGUCAUUGACAGGGGACUGAUAAUACAACACCUUUGAGCUUGAUGUUGAUCUUGGCGUCAGUUAUAAAAGUGGCACAUCUUCACGAUUCGUGAGGAUGAUGUAUACAGAGUACAAGGCCUUUAUUGUGGUUCCCCUCUAACAGUCGGUCGCG